CCUCUCUUUAUUACUUUGUUAAAAUUUUGUAAAUGGUUACCUCGAAAGUUGCGCACAAUGCUCUCCCCCGUGAAAAAAACAAGAACGGUAAAAUUCAAUUUAAUUUCAAAAAUACUCAAAGCAGGAGAUUAACAUUACAGACAUUAUGACAAGCAGCUGUUUUUUUCCUUGAUGACAAGAACAUCUUUAAUAACACAAAUGUGCUACAUCCCGACCCAGCUCACUUCGUUUAGCUUAAUAAAAAAUGCUACUAAGAGUCCUGGGAACAAAUUGUCACAGAACUGACGUCCAUGUCAAAAAGAAAUACAUAUCAUGAAUUUUUAAAGUUUUCAAUAUAUUUGAAACAUUCAUCCUCAAUUUGAAUGCAAGCUUUAAAGAUUAACAUCUAUUCAUCCUAUUCUUAUGAGAAUGAUUUUUUUUAAUAUUUAUUAAAAUGCACAUUAAAUAUCAGCACAAGGAUUGAUCAUAUAACGUGUUGUGAAAAAGAAGAAGAAGAAGAAGAAAAAGGAAGAAAAAUAAUAAUAAGAAGAAAAUACACUUUACGAUAAAAAAAUUAGCACAACAUAGCUACAUCAAAUAUAAGGAACAGAAGUAGAAAGGAAAAAAAACGCUCCGAACAACAACAAGAAACGAAAUGAUAAGCAUUACCUCAAUGAAGGUCAUGUUAGCGUUUAUGUUGCUGUGUUAUUCACAUAAAACAUGCUCUCAAUAUCAGUCAAAUACACCUACUUUCAUGCAGCAGCCAGAGAAAACAUUAACAACAUUAACUAUCACAACACGUGAUCCAAUACAGGUUCGGUCCUCCAUGAAGAAACUUUUACCUGAACAUGGAAUGCGUCAUGACAAAACUUCUGAACAAAACAUCAUAUCAUUAGUUGCUUCAAAAAGUAUUAUUUUCAAUACUACGUUGCGUCGUUCUCAUAACAUGGAAAAUUCCCAAAAAGUAAGAAACGAUUUCGCAAACAAAAGUAUAAUACCACAUUCAAGCAUUUCAUCACAUGUCAAUUAUAACAAUCUCCAUUCAAGACAAGCAAUUUUAAACACGCAAGUCUUCCACACAACAGUGAACAGUAUAUCUAUAAAUCGGUUUCACUCAAGCAAACAACUGCUGCGACCAUCUCCAUCUACAAUAUUAGAUUACAAUGAAACUAAUAGUAAAAGUUCUUUGAAAAAAACACUAAAGAAUAUUUCAAAGAAUCUAUACUCUAGUAAUAACCAAUUAAAUUCUGCAGUGUCUUUCAUAGAAGAUUCCAAAAGAAACUUUAAAAGAGUAAUUUCGAUAGCAAAUACUGUUUCUACACGUUCUUCACAUUUCAUUUUCAAUCCCGAAAAAUUGUCACCUUCGCCAAUGGACUCGGCGUCGCCAUCUGAUGAAGGAAGUAUGGGACAGUCUAAACGGAUAAUAAGAAAAACGUCUGCGAUAAAAACUUUUUCCUUUUCCAGCAACCACAAGGAGAUAAAAAUAAAAACAAUUAUGCCUAGCUUGACCAGGAAAGUUUUUGAAAAUACAUCGAGAACAGAGAAGGCAGUAAUUACAAACCUUUUAAACAAAAUGAAUGCCACGAAGUCCUCGUCAAAACAGACUAAACGAAAAUCACAGAGAAGUUUGGAAAAAACAAAAGAUGUAAAUAUAGUAGAAAUCAAUACAGCACCAAUUACAGCAAGAUCAAACAUCAACAUGGUCGCAAUAAAAACUGAUAACAACGUAUUCAAAAGCCAAUCACCCACAAAAAAUACCGCACAGACACGAGUAAUUACAGAAAUGAUCGCAAACGCAACUGUCGACAACUUAACAUUAAAAUCAAUCAAGUUAUCAACUGCUCAAACAACAACAUCGAAAAAUAGUAAAAUAUCAUUGGAAAAAAGAUUGUUGAUCACUACUAUAAGCACAGGCAUUGUAACAGAAUCACCAACAAAAUUAUCGUCCACACAAACAACAAAAUCGAAUACUUCAGUGGUACAACUAUCUACAGAAAAAGAAAUGUUGAUGACAACUAAAAGUAAGGAUAUUGUGUUACCAACAUCAACACAAUCAUCAUCCACACAAAGAACAAAAUCGGAUAAUCCAGUGGUACAACUAUCUACUCAAAGAAAAAUGUUGAUGCCAACUAAGAGUAAGAAUAUUCUGAUGCUAACACCAAUAAAAUCAUCAUCCACACGAACAACAAAAUCGGACACUUCAGUGGUACAACCAUCUACAGGAAAAGAAAUGUUGACGACAACGAAAAGUACAGACAUUGUGAUACAAACAUCAACGCAAUCAUCAUCCACACAAAGAACAAAAUCGGAUAUUUCAGUGGUGCAACUGUCUACACAAAGAGAAAUGUCGAUAACAACUAAAAGUAAGGAUAUUGUGUUACCAACGCCAACAAAAUUAUCAUCCACACAAAGAACAAAAUCGAAUACUUCAGUGGUACAACUAUCUACAGAAAAAGAAAUGUUGAUGACAACUAAAAGUAAGGAUAUUGUGUUACCAACGCCAACAAAAUCAUCAUCCACACAAAGAACAAAAUCGGAUAAUCCAGUGGUACAACUAUCUACUCAAAGAAAAAUGUUGAUGCCAACUAAGAGUAAGAAUAUUCUGAUGCUAACACCAAUAAAAUCAUCAUCCACACGAACAACAAAAUCGGACACUUCAGUGGUACAACCAUCUACAGGAAAAGAAAUGUUGACGACAACGAAAAGUACAGACAUUGUGAUACAAACAUCAACGCAAUCAUCAUCCACACAAAGAACAAAAUCGGAUAUUUCAGUGGUGCAACUGUCUACACAAAGAGAAAUGUCGAUAACAACUAAAAGUAAGGAUAUUGUGUUACCAACGCCAACAAAAUUAUCAUCCACACAAAGAACAAAAUCGGAUACUUUAGUCGUACAACUAUCUACACAAAAAGAAAUUUUGAUGCCAAUUAAGAGUAAGAAUAUUCUGAUACCAACAUCAACAAAAUUCUCAUCUACAGAAACAAAAAAAUCGGAUACUUCAGUGGUACAACUAUCUACAGGAAAAGAAAUGUUGACGACAACUAAAAGUACAGACAAUGUGAUACCAACAUCAACACAAUCAUCAUCCACACAAAGAACAAAAUCGGAUAUUUCAGUGGUGCAACUGUCUACACAAAGAGAAAUGUCGAUAACAACUAAAAGUAAGGAUAUUGUGUUACCAACGCCAACAAAAUUCUCAUCUGUACAAACAACAAAAUCGGACACUUCAGUGGUGCAACUAUCUACAGAAAAAGAAAUGUUUAUGACAACUAAAAGUAAGGAUAUUCUGAUUCAAACACCCACCAAGUCAUCAUUCACACAAACAACGAAAUCGGAUACUUUAGUCGUACAACUAUCUACUCAAAAAGAAAUGGUAAUGCCAACUAAAAAUAAAAAUGUUGUGAUACCAACACCCACCAAAUCAUCAUUCACACAAACAACGAAAUCGGAUACUUUAGUCGUACAACUAUCUACUCAAAAAGAAAUGUUAAUGCCAACUAAAAAUAAAAAUAUUGUGAUACCAACACCCACCAAAUCAUCAUUCACACAAACAACGAAAUCGGAUACUUUAGUCGUACAACUAUCUACUCAAAAAGAAAUGUUAAUGCCAACUAAAAAUAAAAAUAUUGUGAUACCAACACCCACCAAAUCAUCAUUCACACAAACAACGAAAUCGGAUACUUCAGUGGUGCAACUAUCUACUCAAAAAGAAAUGUUGAUGACAACUAAAAGUAAGGAUAUUGUGAUACCAACACCACCAAAAUCAUCAUCCACACAAACAAUAAAAUUGGAUAUUUCAGUGGUACAACCAACAAUAGAAAAUGAAAUGUCAAUAACAACUAAAAGUAAGGAUAUUGUGUUACCAACACCAACAAAAUUUUCAUCUACACAAACAACAAAAUCGGAUACUUCAGUGGUACAACUGUCUACAGAAAAAGAAAUGUUGACGACAACUAAAAGUAAGAAUAUUCUGAUGCCAACACCCACCAAAUCAUCAUUCACACAAACAAUAAAAUCGGAUACUUCAGUGGUACAACCAUCUACGGGAAAAGAAAUGUUGACGACAACUAAAAGUAAGAAUAUUCUGAUGCCAACACCCACCAAAUCAUCAUUCACACAAACAACGAAAUCGGUUACUUUAGUCGUACAACUAUCUACUCAAAAAGAAAUGUUGAUGCCAACUAAAAGUAAGGAUAUUGUGUUACCAACGCCAACAAAAUUCUCAUCUACACAAACAAUAAAAUUGGAUACUUCAGUGGUACAACCAACAAUAGAAAAUGAAAUGUUGACGACAACUAAAAGUAAGGAUAUUCUGAUGCAAACACCAACAAUAUCAGCCAAAACGAAAUUGUUGGAGAAAAAUGCUGUUACAUCACAGACACAAUUAACUAUGGGCUAUGAAUCUUUUACUAAAAUUAAGAUGAAGAAAGUUAUCUUGAGAACAGUAUCUAUGGAAUCGUUGGAACCCACAGGCGAAAAAUAUUCGAAGACGAUGUCCGCUGUAAGUAGCACUCAGAUUCCGACAACUUCGAAUGAAAAAUUGUUUUCAAUCCUUGGAACACUAGAACAAAUAUUUUUAGACGAUCUUAACGAUAAAAACUCAGAUGCAUACAAAAAUCUUUCAACAGAACUAAGUAGAAAGUUUGCUGACGUAUUAGAAGGCAGUGGAUUACGACGAACAAAAAUUAAUAAAUUCAGUGCUGGUAGUAUUGUAUUUGAUGCAACUUUAUCAUUUGAUUCUUCAUCAACAAUCGACGCAAUGACAAUUAAAUCAUUACUGGAAAGUGGAAACACAGGAAUUAGUGAUGUCACUGUGAAAGCCUUAGGACAUUCACCAUCCACAAAAUACACGCAAUCAAUGGCCGAAACAUUUCCCCGUGAUAGCAUGGCUACUUCCGUUGCAAGAAAACCUACAUCAAAUUCACUCAACGUAAAACCAACAUGGACAAAUUCAAGAAAACUUGACGAACCACUUACAACGUCACUACUUGAUGUGAACACACAAACUUUACCAUAUGCAACGCGUGCUACAACGUCGGCUAUUGACAAGCCGUACGUCACUUCCACGUUGACGUACAAAUUACAUAUAGUAUCUCCAAAUAGAACAAUGGUGGGCUCUCCCGUUUUCUCCACAGCUGAAUUGACAACAAGAGACAAGGUUACACGUGAAAGCCCUUCAGCAACAUCCACAAUGAAACAAAUGACUAGUAAAAACCAUUCAACAACUCCCACAAUGAAGUAUGUUACUAGUGAAAGCCAUUUAGCAACUCCUACAAUGAAAUAUGUGACUAGUGAAAACCAUUCAGCAACUCCUACAAUGAAAUAUGUGACUAGUGAAAACCAUUUAGCAACUCCUACAAUGAAAUAUGUGACUAGUGAAAACCAUUCAGCAACUCCUACAAUGAAAUAUGUGACUAGUGAAAACCAUUCAGCAACUCCUACAAUGAAAUAUGUGACUAGUGAAAACCAUUCAGCAACUCCUACAAUGAAAUAUGUGACUAGUGAAAACCAUAUAACAACUCCUACAAUGGAAUAUGUGACUAAUGAAAACAACUUAUCAACUCCUACGAUGAAAUAUUUGGCUAGUGAAAACCAUUCAGCAACUGCUACAAUGAAUUAUGUGACUAGUAAAAACCAUUCAACAACUCCCACAAUGAAAUAUCUUACUAGUGAAAACCAUUCAUCAACUCCUACAAUGAAAUAUAUGACUAGUGAAAACCAUUCAUCAACUCCUACAAUGAAAUAUCUUACUAGUGAAAACCAUUCAUCAACUCCUACAAUGAAAUAUGUGGCUAGUGAAAACCAUUCAGCAACUGCUACAAUGAAAUAUGUGACUAGUAAAAACCAUUCAACAACUCCUACAAUGAAAUAUCUUACUAGUGAAAACCAUUCAUCAACUCCUACAAUGAAAUAUAUGACUAGUGAAAACCAUUUACCAACUCCUACAAUGAAAUAUGUGACUAGUGAAAACCAUUCAGCAACUCCUACAAUGAAAUAUAUGACUAGUGAAAACCAUUCAGCAACUGCUACAAUGAAAUAUGUGACUAGUGAAAACCAUUCAACAACUCCUACAAUGAAAUAUGUGACUAGUGAAAACCAUUCAGCAACUGCUACAAUGAAAUAUGUGACUAGUAAAAACCAUUCAGCAACUCCUACAAUGAAAUAUGUGAUUAGGGAAAACCAUUCAACAACUCUUACAAUGAAAUAUGUGACUAGUGAAAACCAUUCAGCAACUGCUACAAUGAAAUAUGUGACUAGUGAAAACCAUAUAAUAACUCCUACAAUGAAAUACGUUACUGGUGAAAACCAUUCAGUAUCUCCUACAAUGAAAUAUAUUACUAGUGGAAACCAUUUUACUAUUUCCAAUGUUUACAAUAGUGCUACUACAUUAACUGCAAUUUUAAAAUCAAAUGUGACUGGAGCAAGUAUCCUUACACCAUCAUGGGUGCAACCUAAAAUGACCAAUGUUCGAUCCACAGAGUAUCCAACUUUGGUUGCGACGUCUCAGGAAAGCAAUGGAUUCUCACGAUAUAUUUCAUCAUCACUAUAUUUACUAGUGCCUGUUCCUAGCGUUGCUCAAAAUACACACAUCACUUCAACAUCUUAUUUUUUACCUACAAAGAUUAUAGAAGCAUCAGCGUCAGGAACUUCCAGGUCAACAGUAUACAACUCAAUUAUAUCUGGUUCAAAUAAAUUCUCUGUUCGAGGAAAACUUCAACAAAAUUUCACAUCAGACUUAGAAAAUCCUGAUUCUAAAAGUUAUAAAACACUUACGAAAAAUGUAUCUAACUUGUUUGAAAAGUUACUAAGAAAUCUAGGAUUGCUUCGAGUCAGCAUCAACAAAUUUAGUGCGGGUAGUAUUGUAUUCGAUGCUACUUUAUCAUUUGAUUCUUCAUCAACAAUCGACUCAACAACAAUCAAAUUAUUACUUGAAAACAAAAGCACAGGAAUUACUGAUGUUACUGUAAAAGAUCUUGCCUUUGUGACCAAAAUACCAACAUCCAUCUUUUCCACGCGAAAAACUGCCGCAAGAGAAUCAAAAGUACAGAGCGCAUCACACCUGAUAAAGACAUCUCCGACAAAAUCGAUACAAGUUCAACACUCCAGCCACACUGCAUCGUUAAGUGAAGAAACAAUACCUACAACAGUGUAUGAACACUCAGCUCCCACCAGGAGAGUGCAACCAUCACGUUCAUUCUGGGUGUUUUCAAUCCAUCCAUCAACACUUUUACCCAGUUCAUUCCUUUUAACACAGGUAUAUCGUUCAAUUAAAUCAAAGACACUGACAGCUGAAACUGGCGAUACAAUAACAGUGCAUUUAAUUUCUCUAAACACAUCACCAACAAUUGAAAUACCGACAGAUAUAAAACAUUCCGUAACAAAAUCUUCUUCUAACUAUACGUUACAAAUAAGUCAUAAAAUGAAUGCAACACUGACACUAAAUAAAAGUAUGGCAACUGCUCUGCGAUCGGAAGGAAGUACAAUUCAAACAGUUUUUACAAUUUCCAGUCCUGUAAUAACAAGCAGCACAUUUGUGGAAAGAGCAUCUAGCAAUACUCGUUUCGUUCCAAGUUUAAUGCCAACACCUUCAAUAGUCAGCACGGUAAAUAUAUUACCUUCAUCUUUUGCAAUAUUACAAAGCAAGUCGAUGCAGAUUUUUCCAUCAAGGAGCAAGAUGACCAGUUUGAAGAUGCCAUUGCCUAUUGAUUCAAGUUUUGCAUUAAACGUGCACACAACAUUGAUAGAAAGAAUAAAUACUUCAAUGUCAAAAGGAACAACUACGAACACAAAAAUAUAUUCCACCAUGGUCCCAAACAUUUUUAAUGAAUCUAUCACAACUGCUCUAAAUAAAUCACUUGCAAGCAUUAGCAGCAGAGUAAAGAAUGAAAGUCUAGUACAAAAAGUUCCCCUAUCAACAGAAGCUUUAAAGAAGACAAUCAGCUUACACAGCACUUCGCAUGCAUCGUUCUAUUCAAAUCUCCAAUCAGCAACAGCUCCAAUAACAUCUAUCCUAUUGAUGCCAUCGCAGACAGUUUCGACUUUAUCUUUAAGCCGGAUGAUGCAGGAAUCCGCUCCAAGUCUUUUAUCUACUUCUUCUUACCAUUUCACAUCACAAUACAGUGCAAGAAUGGUAUCUAUAUCUCAACACAAGCUCUCAACAACCAUGCGAUCAUUAUUUUCAAGUGGGAGGUUAACUUCAACUCCAUCUUUAAAAGAGUCAACAGUCUCAAGUAUACUCAGUGGACCAAAGAUCUUUCUUAUUCAAGGAAGACUGAAUGAAACAUUCACACCUGACCUGGAAAAUCCAGACUCUGAAGCUUCCCAAAAACUAUCAAAACGAUUAAACGUUGAGUUUGCUGCUACGUUUGACAAACUUGGUCUCCUUAAAAGUGAAAUAACAGGAUUCAGCCCUGGGAGUGUUAUAUUCGACGCAGCAUUAUAUUUUGAUCCCACUUCAACUAUAGACAAAAACAGUUUGGGCAACGCUUUAAAGGGAUCAGGUGUGACAGAUGUCACUGUAACAGAACUUUCAUUGGCUUCUUCACAUAUGCCAUCAACAAACUCUCUCCAGACCUCGACAGUUGCGAAAAGAAGUUUAUCCAAAAAAACAACUUUAACGCUAAAAUCCGUUGAACUAACAACGUCAGUAACAAAAAUUAAUCCCACAUAUGUGUCGAGUUUAUCAUCUGUCGUUGGAACAAUUACUUCGCAAUCCGCGGAAGGUACAAUUCAAACAGUUUUUGCAUUGUCCAGUCCUGUAAUAACAAGCAGCACAUUUGUCGAAAGAGCAUCUAGCAAUACUCGUUUCGUUCCAAGUUUAAUGCCAACACCUUUAAUAGUCAGCACGGUAAAUAUAUUACCUUCAUCUUUUGCAAUAUUACAAAGCAAGUCGAUGCAGAUUUUUCCAUCAAGGAGCAAGAUGACCAGUUUGAAGAUGCCAUUGCCUAUUGAUUCAAGUUUUGCAUUAAACGUGCACACAACAUUGAUAGAAAGAUUAAAUACUUCAAUGUCAAAAGGAACAACUACGAACACAAAAAUAUAUUCCACCAUGGUCCCAAACAUUUUUAAUGAAUCUAUCACAACUGCUCUAAAUAAAUCACUUGCAAGCAUUAGCAGCAGAGUAAAGAAUGAAAGUCUAGUACAAAAAGUUCCCCUAUCAACAGAAGCUUUAAAGAAGACAAUCAGCUUACACAGCACUUCGCAUGCAUCGUUCUAUUCAAAUCUCCAAUCAGCAACAGCUCCAAUAACAUCUAUCCUAUUGAUGCCAUCGCAGACAGUUUCGACUUUAUCUUUAAGCCGGAUGAUGCAGGAACUCGCUCCGAGUCUUUUAUCUACUUCUUCUUACCAUUUCACAUCACAAUACAGUGCAAGAAUGGUAUCUAUAUCUCAACACAAGCUCUCAACAACCAUGCGAUCAUUAUUUUCAAGUGGGAGGUUAACUUCAACUCCAUCUUUAAAAGAGUCAACAGUCUCAAGUAUACUCAAUGGACCAAAGAUCUUUCUUAUUCAAGGAAGACUGAAUGAAACAUUCACACCUGACCUGGAAAAUCCAGACUCUGAAGCUUCCCAAAAACUAUCAAAACGAUUAAACGUUGAGUUCGCUGCUACGUUUGACAAACUUGGUCUCCUUAAAAGUGAAAUAACAGGAUUCAGCCCUGGGAGUGUUAUAUUCGACGCAGCAUUAUAUUUUGAUCCCACUUCAACUAUAGACAAAAACAGUUUGGGCAACGCUUUAAAGGGAUCAGGUGUGACAGAUGUCACUGUAACAGAACUUUCAUUGGCUUCUUCACAUAUGCCAUCAACAAACUCUCUCCAGACCUCGACAGUUGCGAAAAGAAGUUUAUCCGAAAAGACAACUUUAACGCUAAAAUCCGUUGAACUAACAACGUCAGUAACAAAAAUUAAUCCCACAUAUGUGUGGAGUUUAUCAUCUGUCGUUGGAACAAUUACUUCGCAAUCUGCGGAAGGUACAAUUCAAACAGUUUUUGCAUUGUCCAGUCCUGUAAUAACAAGCAGCACAUUUGUCGAAAGAGCAUCUAGCAAUACUCGUUUCGUUCCAAGUUUAAUGCCAACACCUUUAAUAGUCAGCACGGUAAAUAUAUUACCUUCAUCUUUUGCAAUAUUACAAAGCAAGUCGAUGCAGAUUUUUCCAUCAAGGAGCAAGAUGACCAGUUUGAAGAUGCCAUUGCCUAUUGAUUCAAGUUUUGCAUUAAACGUGCACACAACAUUGAUAGAAAGAUUAAAUACUUCAAUGUCAAAAGGAACAACUACGAACACAAAAAUAUAUUCCACCAUGGUCCCAAACAUUUUUAAUGAAUCUAUCACAACUGCUCUAAAUAAAUCACUUGCAAGCAUUAGCAGCAGAGUAAAGAAUGAAAGUCUAGUACAAAAAGUUCCCCUAUCAACAGAAGCUUUAAAGAAGACAAUCAGCUUACACAGCACUUCGCAUGCAUCGUUCUAUUCAAAUCUCCAAUCAGCAACAGCUCCAAUAACAUCUAUCCUAUUGAUGCCAUCGCAGACAGUUUCGACUUUAUCUUUAAGCCGGAUGAUGCAGGAAUCCACUCCAAGUCUUUUAUCUACUUCUUCUCAACACAAGAUCUCAACAACCAUGCGAUCAUUAUUUUCAAGUGGGAGGUUAACUUCAACUCCAUCUUUAAAAGAGUCAACAGUCUCAAGUAUACUCAAUGGACCAAAGAUCUUUCUUAUUCAAGGAAGACUGAAUGAAACAUUCACACCUGACCUGGAAAAUCCAGACUCUGAAGCUUCCCAAAAACUAUCAAAACGAUUAAACGUUGAGUUCGCUGCUACGUUUGACAAACUUGGUCUCCUUAAAAGUGAAAUAACAGGAUUCAGCCCUGGGAGUGUUAUAUUCGACGCAGCAUUAUAUUUUGAUCCUACUUCAACUAUAGACAAAAACAGUUUGGGCAACGCUUUAAAGGGAUCAGGUGUGACAGAUGUCACUGUAACAGAAAUUUCUUUCGCUUCUUCACGCAUGCCAUCAACCAACUGGCACCAGACCUCGACAGUUACAAAAAGAAGUUUUUUCAAAAAAACAGCUUUGACGCUAAAAUCCGUUAAAGUAGCAACGUCAAUGAUAAAAAUUAGUCCGUCAUAUGUGUCGAGUUUAUCGUCCGUCGUCGGAACAUCUGCCUUACCGACACCUCUUCCAUGGAAUAUAUCAAAUCCUGAAGUAUUGUAUCCGUUCUUGAAAAAAUUUCUAAAAUUUUCUGUACAUGGUCAGGUUAACGAAGAUUUCAACGAGGAGUUAGAUGAUCCGUCAUCGACAUAUUAUCAGAAUCUUUCAAACAGAUUGACUAACCAGAUUAAAAAGCUGUUGUCUCCAUAUGGUUUAAACAACAGCUUUGUUAUCCAAUUAAGUUCUGGAAGCGUGUUCUUUCGAGCAUGGUUGUAUUUUGAUCAACUUUCAAAUAUAUCAACAAAUACAAUGGCAAGAGUACUUGAGAACACUUUUAUCAAUGUGACAGUCCGAGAGUUAUGUGUAAUAAAUACAUGCAGUGAUCCAUCACAAGGGGUAUGUGAAGAAACAUCAUCAGGAGAUACAACUUGCAAAUGUAAGGAAGGUUUUAACGGAAAGAGAUGUAGCAAUCCCAUAGCCAAAUACAGUCCUUGGUCAGGUUGGACGGAUUGCACAAAAUCAUGCGGUGGAGGAACUAAAAAUCGAACACGAGAAUGUAUCUCCACUGUUAAAAAUGGCGGACGUUGCAACGAUGGUUCAAAUAUCGACAUAAUGAAUACCACAUGCAAUGAACAUAGUUGCUCGAGCGCACAAAGUGAUGAUGAUUACGUUCUUGCGGUGGCUAUCUGCGCAGCUUUUGUAUUUCUCAUCAUCAUCAUCCUUAUUGUGAUCUGCUGCAGACACAAAAAUACAAUUGCAAGACGUUUAUCCAGAUCUUCCAGGCGUCAAACACAUGACUUAGCUAACUUGAAUGUGUGUAGAGUUCCAUGUCUACCACGAAGACCAGAGAGAUAUAAUGAAAGAGAUAAAAAUAACGUAAUUACACUCAAGAUAACCAUGCCACAGCAAGAUGAAAGUAUCUAUGGUGGAGAGCUGAGGGAUCAGAAUCUGCAGGAUUCAAGUACAAUUGAUGAACUUUAUAAGCAGCAGGUUGAGAAGUAUUACAUUAACUCACCUCAAAUAAGAAGUACGACAUGUUAAGUGGUAUGUUAUGGAAAUACCGAAAGAAAAUACCGAGUUUGAACAUACCGAAAUAGAAAAAUCCUUUCAGAAGCUCGAGUCAAAAAUGAUGUCUAAUGGCAAACACAAACGAAGAGUCUAUAAUUAUCGUUAUAACGAAUGUUUUUUAAUACAAACGAUGUGAACAAAUUAGCAUAAAUCAUUUAAAUCUGCAUUUGAAGAUAUUUUUUAUUACUCUAUAGAGAUCUUAAAUAAAUUUCAUCUUUUUAGUAUAGAUUUUAUAUUUUUAUGGUAUAUAUAUGUAAUCAUGAUGCAUUUCGUCAUCUAGUUAAUACACUUCUUGACUUCUA